GAACCAGCGUUGCGGGGUCGUAUCUCAGUACCACCAAUCUGCACCUGUCUGCAGACAGUGUUCUUGGAUUGUGUAAUUUGGAUUUAUUUACAAGUAGAUUAAUUCAGAACCAGUCCAAAUUAGUUGUCUGCACGAAACACUUGACAAGAGUGCCAUCCUAGCCAAUCCAAUCCUAACCUUCCUAAAUACCAAGUCCAAUCCCAUCCGGCCCACCAAACGAGCCCUCCAUCCCUCAACACACCAUCCCAACCGCCCCCAGUGCUGCAAGAUUAUUUACGUUUGUGUCCUCCUUAUCUUAGAGUCGCUGAAUUGGGUUUUCUGCCUAUCGGCAGAAAACCUUAAUCUUUGGAGCAGUUCAAGAAACAGUUGGGCUACACUUUUGAAAACACUAAAGCACCCCAGAUGUUCUACCUCAGCCGAAUUGAGCACACACUCCGUCUUCCACCUCAUCUGCUCAGCCUUCGUCUAGAAGAUGCGGUUAAGGGAGAGAUCGAGAAGAUUUUCCUAGAUAAGGUUAUUGCCAAAUUGGGGCUCUGCAUUUCUGUCCACAGUAUUCAAUCCAUUAAAGAUGGAUUUAUCCUACCUAAUGAUGGUCAUCCAACUUUUAGGGUGGAGUUCACACUAAUUAUGUUUCGUCCAUUUGUGGGAGAGAUAAUUUCGGCAAAACUUAAAGAAUCUACUGCAAAUGGUUUGCGCUUGUCGCUUGGAUUUUUUGAUGAUAUUUAUGUACCAGUACAUCUUUUGCCAUCUCCAUCUUGCUCCGAGCCUGACCCAGAAAAGAGGAACAACGUCAUUUGGAUAUGGAAGUGUCCUGAUGCAGAUGAUCUUGCUGUUGAGUGGACGGAUGAGAUAAGAUUCCAAGUUCAAAGUGUGACCUAUCCACCAAUUCCAAUUGAGCAGCCGGAAGACGCGAAACCAUUUGCUCCUAUGGUGGUUACUGGAUCAAUUGAUUAUGAUGGUCUUGGCCCUGUUAGGUGGUGGGACAAUGCGGAAGACAAGGAUGAAGAACCUGAAGAUCCUUAAGCUUACGGACCUUUAGCAAAGGGGAGCUCUAAUAGUUGCCUGUUUUUUGUUGUCGUGUUUGAAAGCACCGAGACAAUUUGGUUUGAGCUUGUAAAUUUUCCGCUUUAGAUUAUAUACAAACUAAUAUAGGUCGAAUUAGCUUGAUCGGAAGGUGGACAAUUUCAUCGGUUUAGGGUGUAAAUUACAAUAUCUGUAGGAAUUCUAAUCGGCUUAACUCGGGGGCUUUGUUGGUUUUGACCUCCUACCCCAUUUGCAAUACAUUGUAGCCUGAAAGUGUGUUCUUUUAUAUUAUAGUAGACUAAAAUCGACCUUUUCUCCUA